AACCCGGAUCCCGACCCCUCCUCAACCAAGAUGUAUGCAGCAGCGGGUGGCGCCUCCCUGGCCUCCCGCCAGGCGCGGCAACGCCAGCGCCAGCAGAAGAAGACCCAACAGCUCCAGGCGAAGCUGCAUCCACCGAAGGCGGCCGGACCCUCACCCGGCGAUCUUGCCGCCGAGGGCGCCUCCACGCCCACACGCAGCCAGUCGCGCCAGUUCCACCAGCUGCCCACCAACUAUCUGCGCGCCCCGCAGCCCCAUGGACGCAAGCUGAGCGCCACCUAUACGACGCAAUCGAAACUCCUACUGCCAAUCGAGGAGGGUGACACCCAGUCGGUGCUGCAGUUGCGCAUGCACUCCCACGCCCAUUCCCAUGGCCAUGCCCACGCGCACGCCCACUCGCACUCCCAUGGACCCGCCCACGCGCCACCGCCCAUAUUGAGCCAUCAUGGGCAGACGCCCUACCAGCAGUUCGCCUCAUCCCACGGACGCGUCUCACCGAAACUGGUGCAUCGGCAUUCCGGCAGCGGCAGCAGUGCCCCCGGUUUCCAUCCGGUGAUCUCCGCCGGACAGCUGCACAAAUCUGCGACGGCCACGCUGCCGCUGGUCUCGCACAUGGAGGCGGGGGCGGAGUCGCCAUCGGCGGUGGCCGGCGUUAAAACGACAGUGACCUCGUUGGAGAAGGCCACGCCCACGUCUCCGCCGCUGGCCAGCACUUCCGCUGCCGCUGCCGCCGCCUUGGCGGCCGAGGCGCAGGCAGAGUUAGCUGGCGAUGGCGAUGGCGCCGGCGCCAUGUUUGUGCCCCACCAUGAUGCCAUCAUUGUAACGCCGGCCACGCCCAUGGCCUCGCCGGGUCAUGUGGCCAAGCUGCGUCGCCCCGGGCCGGAGGAGCUGCUCGAGGCGUCUGCCGAGCGGCAGCCGCUGACCGCUGGCGUGGGCCUGGAAGAGGACGAGGAUGAGCCGGCGCCGCCGACGCCGGGUCAGCUGGAGCGCAAGUGUAGCGUGUACAGGAUGCGCAGGAGCGACGCCUUCGAGCUGGACACAGGUGGCCCCGGCGGCGGUCUCAAGCGGCAGCUGCGGGAGCUGCAGUUCAGCGCCGGAGUCCAGCAGACGCAGUACGAACCGCUGCUCGCCGAUGAACCGCAGCUGAUCUUCAAGGGAUUGGGGGUCAAUGGGCGCAAGAUGCAGAUAUGCGCCUACUGCGAGGAGGGCAUCUGCGUGUGCGAGCACCUCGAGUGCGCCCAAGGACGUGCCGCCUGGUUGGAGCGGGGCCGACGCUGCAGCGUCCAGGAUCAGCAGCAGCAGCAGGCCACCUGCCAUCGACGCUGGGUGAAGCGGAACCGAAUCCAAGACGCCUCUUUGGGCGGUUCGUCGGACGAUGAGGAUUUCCUGGGCGUUCUGCGAGGUCCCAGCACCUUUGCGAAUGCCUUCCUCUACGUGGGUCUGGGCACGGUGGCGCUGGGCCUCGUCAUCGCAUUCGUUGGCACCGGCGAGAAGGGCUUCAAAACCACGGAACUAAGACUUAUAGGCCCCUCUCUAAUAGGAUUGGGCCUGAUCUGUUGCAUUUUACGCAUACUCUUCUGCAUCUGUCCAUCGCACUGCAUCUCAUCCAGCAAAAAGACGCGCAAGAAAAACGGCAACAAGAUUGAUGCGGAUCACACAACAUCGUUGUUAAGGAACGAGAGCAAAAGAGUGUCGAUAGCGAGGGGACCCAGUUUUCAGCCCAAAUACCCCAUAGCACACAAACGCAGCCAGAGCAAAAUGCUGAACGAGGGAAUGGAGGCACUGCGUCAGAUAGCCACCACAUCCUUGUUCAUGCAGAACGAGCAGAAGACCGCCAUCAAUCGGGUGGUGCCGAUCAUCAAUGAGCCAGAUAGCGGUGAUGCUCCCCUGGAGAUGAAGAAACUGCAGACGGCUCUCAACGCCUGCGAGAUGAGCGACGAGGAGCAGGAUCAGGAUCGGGAGCAGAAGCAGCAGCAGCAGCAGCAGCAGAUUGCCAAACGUACAACAGCCACAACUGCCGUUACGAGUAGUACCACCAAAGACCCAACAUCAACAGCAGCCACAUCGAGGAUAACUAGAGCCACCACCCUGAGCACGGUGGACGAGAAGCCGGACAGCAAGCUGGUGCGUCAGCGGGUGGCCCUGCAGCAGCAGCGAAGGCAACAGGAGCAGCAGGAGCAGCCCACUGUUCCCAAGUCGCAGUCCUUGUCCUCCUCGUCGACGGUCAAGGAUUCCCUGGAGGUGGUGGAGGAGACAUCCCUGAUAGAUGCCAGCAAUGAGACCACAUCUCCUCCACCUGCGUUGCCCAGCAGCUGCAGUACGGGUGCGAUACCCCGGCUCAAUAGGCCGGGCAUCUCGACGGGGGCCACGCCCAAGACGACGAGCACGACCACGACGACGACGCCCACCAUCACGGCCCGGCUGCCCACGUCGCAGUCGCAUCCGACGAGCUAUGACCUGCCACCGGCCCUGCCGCACACCUAUUCCGCAACGGCGACGGUACGCGGACCGUUGGGCAUGUCCAUGAGCAGCUCCGCCUCCGGCAAAGCGUUCGGCAUGGGAGGAGGAGGAGUAGGAGGAGGAACUGCCUUCACAAUGCCGCCCACCACCACAACGAUUAGCCUGCUCCCGCUGCCGGCGCCUCCUCCAACGGUGGCCACGGCCACAGCGACAUCAAGUAUUCCCGGCCAGGUGCUGGAAGCCACGAGUCUGAGUCUGAGCCUAAUGCGGCCGGCCACCGCAUCCGGCGUGGUGCUGGGCGGACUGACCACCUCAUCGUUCACCAACAGCUCAGCGGAUCACCACAAAUCACAUCCGUCAUCCGCCGGAUCGGUAAUGGGACGUGGCAGCAGCCUACUGCUAUCACCCCCCUCGGCGGCGGCAGGGGCGUCGUCGUCGUCGUCAUCGAGCAAAUUCGAGCCAGAAUUGGUGCUCAGUCCGGCUAAGCUUGGCCAGUAGAAUUAAAUGGGAUUUAGUUACGGAUUUUAGUUAGCCACCAGGUCUAUCUAUAUAUGUAUAUGUUUGUCUAGGUUCUAGGUACGCGGGUGUAAGUGUGAAUGCGCAUGUGUGUGUGUAUGUGUUUUAGAGCUAUGUGUGGUGUGUCUGUGUAAGAAGAAGUAGUGUUUAGAUACCUACAUAUGUACCCUAAAGCUAUCUUUUGAACGUGCCACAAGAACCACUUACAGAAGUGAAUACACCCUUAACUGAAACUCUAAAAAGGUCAUGUUCUGAAACCAAAACUAACCAAAAUUCAAAAAGAAAACAUCUAUUAUUAGAUCUAUUAAUUGGAGACUCCACCUUUCCAUUCAGAACAUGACUCUAAUUGUAAUAUUAUUUCGCUUUCAGUGUCUGAACCUGUAUAAUUCCCGAGGCUUGCAUCCUCUAUAGUUCGCUAAGCCACUUGAUUUCUCUGCCCGCCCUUUUGGAUGUAUCAUCCACUCUAUAGCUAACGACUCUUUCCUCAACAUUCUAGAUCUGUUCCUCAGGCUUCAGGUGGCAUUAAGAUCGCCCAAGUGCUCAGCAAAAAGUUGCCAACCUGCGCUCUUCUAAGCUAUCCCAAAAUAUAAAAAAACAUAGCCAGGGUAUUAUAAAGUUUGUAUACCAAACAUAUCGUUAACUAAAUACACAAACCGAAACUAACACUAACUAUAAUGUGAAACAAAAGAAAAGGAAACUUGGAGCGGUGACGGUCGUUGUCCAAAUUGAUAAAAUGAAAUGUAUAAGAAAACUAUAAAACCCAUUAGAUAUGUAUUGAAAAAUGUUAGGGGACCGCUAUACCCAAGCUAAGCUAAAUGGCUAGAUGUGCAUACAAUAUUUGAAAUAUGUGCGGUUGCGUGUUUCUUUAAAGUCCAAACCAAAAUCCAGGGAGUUCAUAAAGUAUUAGGCAAUCGUUGAAUGAGCUCUACAGAAUAUUAAAAACAGGAAAUUUCAAAUUCAACUAAAGUGGGCUAUAAUUGUAAUUCAACUUUUGAUUGAAAAUUUAAACUCUUCAUUAAACUGUAAUAUUCUACAAUUUCGAAGCUAUUGCUAAAUUCUAUGUGAAAUAUUUUGCUUGCUCUUUCAGCCGGCACGUCCCCCGAAAUAAGUGGGCCGAAUAUAAAAUAAGAACUAAUACAAACCGAAUCCAAUAAAAUCGAAUGUGGCCGUUAAAUAAAAAAAGCGCAAAUAACUAAAUGUAACAUCCCUGAAACAAAAUGUGUAAGAUGCAUGUACAGCAAACAAAAGCAGCAGCAAGACAUAGAAAAUUAUAAACAAAAAUGUAUGAAUUAGUAUGUAUGUAUACUAUGUGCAGAAAUUAAAAUGAAAUAUAAAAGAAC